AUGUGUGCACAGGGAUUCCUCAAGUUGGUGCUGCUGCUGACUGCUUCACUUCUAACUCUGCUGCCUGCCAUUCCUCAAACUUUCUCCCUGUCCCUGCGGAGUGGCUCCCGCAGCGCCUCCUCAUGUAGACUGUCCCAUGCUGAGUCGGAACGCAGGUGUCGUGUCCCAGGGGGAAAGUUGUGCAGCGGCAGAGGCCAAUGUGACUGUGGUGUCUGCAUCUGCCAAGUGACUGAGCCGGGAAAAUACUACGGUCCGCUUUGUGAGUGCCACGAGUGGGUGUGCGAGACUUAUGAUGGUGAGACUUGUGCAGGCCAUGGAAAGUGUGACUGUGGGAAAUGCAAAUGUGAUGAAGGCUGGUAUGGUGACGCUUGUCAGUACCCAACUACUUGCAGCCUUACACGGAAGAAGAGCAAUGAAAUGUGUAAGAAUUCUCAAGAUAUUAUCUGUUCUAAUGCAGGCGUGUGCCAAUGUGGCAGAUGCAAGUGUGAGAAUUCAGAAGGGAAUGGACUCAUCUAUGGUAAAUUUUGUGAGUGUGAUGACCGAGAAUGCAUAGAUGAUGAAACAGGCGAGAUCUGUACAGGCCAUGGAAAGUGUUACUGUGGAAACUGUUACUGUGAGGCUGGUUGGCAUGGAGAUAAAUGUGAAUUCCAGUGUGACAUCACCCCAUGGGAGAUCAAGAAAAGAUGCACAUCUCCAGAUGGCAAAAUCUGCAGCAACAGAGGCACAUGUGUAUGUGGUGAAUGCACAUGCCAUGAUGUGGAUCCAACUGGUGACUGGGGAGAUAUUCAUGGAGAUACCUGUGAGUGUGAUGAAAGAAAUUGCAAGGCAGUGUAUGACAGAUAUUCUGAUGACUUCUGUUCAGGUCAUGGACAGUGUAACUGUGGAAGAUGUGAUUGUAAAAAAGGAUGGACUGGAAAGAAGUGUGAACAUCCACGUUCUUGUCCAUUGUCAGCUGAGGACAGCUCUAAGAAAUGCCAAGGAAGCUCUAAUUUACCUUGUUCUGGAAGAGGGCAAUGUGAAUGUGGCCAGUGCACUUGUUUCCCUCCAGGAGAUAACAGAGUUCACGGUAAAACCUGCGAAUGUGAUGAUCGACAGUGUGAAGAUAUGGAUGGCAAUGUCUGUGGGGGCCACGGCCUCUGUUCUUGCGGUCGAUGUGUUUGCGAGGAUGGAUGGUUUGGACAGUUGUGUCAACAUCCAAGAAAGUGCAACAUGACAGAUGAUGAGAGCAAAAGCUUUUGUGAAUCAGCCAAUGGCGUACUGUGCUCGGGAAAGGGUUCCUGUCACUGUGGAAAGUGCAUCUGUUCCCCCCAGGAAUGGUACAUUUCAGGGGAAUUUUGUGAAUGUGAUGACAGAGACUGCGACAAACAUGAUGGGCUCAUUUGCACAGGCAAUGGUAUAUGUAGCUGUGGAAACUGUGAAUGCUGGGAAGGAUGGAAUGGGAAUGCUUGUGAAAUCUGGCUUGGGACAGAAUACCCUUAAUCAGAUCAUGGAGCAUCAAGGACUGCAGGGUUUGGUUUGGUUUUUAGGCUGCUAGAACAAUUAAAUGCAAAGCAAACCACAUAGAAUAACCACCAGAAAUAUUCAAAUAGACCAAUGUAAGUUUCUGUAUUUCAUAAUAAUCAACUGCAGGUCUACUCCUGCUCCUAUUC